UUGUUUUGCUGUUUUAGACAUUUAUCUGAGACUACUGCAUGAGACUCUGUUUUCAUGAUCUGGAAUCACCGUAGAACCAUGUCGACAUGUAAAGAUCUGUUGUCUUUUUUGCGUGGAUUCUUACGUAAGUUAAUGAUCUGGUGUGGGGGUAUUCACUAUGGACCAGUUUUUGUUUUAUUGAUCACCACCGUUCACUCCUUUCCAAAGCUGUGAUCUUUCAGGUUGCUUUUAACUUUUUAUGGAAAAUGUGAAAGGCCAUUGUCCAUUGUUAAGUAGUGUACGAUAGAGAAGGGGAUUGUGUGGGAGGGUAGCUAAUGUCUGCCACGUUUAUGAGAUUGGGAGUCUCGAAAUUAGCUGACCCACAUGGAUUAUGUUCUUCUUGUUAGUUGAGCUGUAAGCAUUUGUUGUUAUCUUGGGCAUAAACUUUGAUUAGACCCACAUGGGGGAGACCUUGUGUUUUAACAAAGUUAGGUAUUAAAGAAAUGACCCACACCUGCCUUUGAAAGACUUUGUAUGUGAUCCCCUUUGGGCGUUUCUCAUUUCUCAUCCAUAUUCCGUGCCCUUGGAUUGCAUUUGAUUGGGACGGGGGUUGCCUGCUGGGGCUUUAAUCUUUAAACUUAAUUGGGACCAGAUUUUCCUUCUGUGGUAUAUCAAAGUUGGAUUUGUGUGGAUGGAUUUAUAUACGCAUUUUGGGGUUAUUGAAAGUGCCUCAUUUUUUAUGAUACGCACAUGGGCACUGACAUCAAGAUAAUGCUUGUUUCUUUUUAAUUUAGGGUAAGAUUUCAUCCGAGUGGUGAAAAUAAUUAAAAUUUAUGAACCACUGAAGACGCGUCCAAUGCACCACAAGAUGAUGGUGUAUGAAGAUUGAAAAGACCUCAUAAUCUGAAGGAAUCUAAAUAGGGGUCCCAGCUCAAGUUAAUCUGACACUAAACAAAGGAUGAAUCAUGGUCCUAGGCUCUUGAAAUCUGGGUUUAUGCUAUACUUCAAAUUAGUGUUGGCAAAUGCUGCAUUUAACUAAUUAAGCAUCUCUUGAGGUUAAGUUUGGGGGUUCUGCCCUACCUCAUGGCUGUGCAGUUUUGCGUCAGAUAUUUUUCGCCAAUUGCGCCGACUGUGGACCCACACUACACAGAUUCCUACAGCUAAAUGCAUCCAAACAUCAAUUUUGGUUUACCCUUUACCUUUUUAUAUUCCCUAUGUCCAUGGAAUAUUAUAUACCUACUUCUUCAUUUACUUUGUACGCCGGUUUGAUUUCUUCUCAUUUACUUGUCACUACCACUAACUCUAAAUUUGGGUUUCACAGCCCCCAUCCAGGCCCAGAUCCUUUUUUCUUUUUCGUUGAUGAAGUUCACACCAAAAUUACAUUGAAGUAGCAUACAAAACGUUGUCAUCACCAUGUUACGUAUGCGAUGGUAAACAAUUUGGUGGAUUUCUUCAAAUAAAUGAAGACAGAUGCGAUAAUGGCGUCUAGUUUGAAUGGAUUAACUGUUGGGGACCCACUGCCUGAAUAUCUCCUAGAAUCUCCUGCUAGGUCUGAAGGCAUGUUCUAUCCCAGGGAUGAAAUGCCAUGCCAAUAUUCACCAAUGUCGGAAGAUUCAGAUGACUCGAGAUUCUCUGAAACAGCAAUGAACACUUGCUUCCCGCAUUCUGAUAGGCUGCCUACCAGUCCUGUUUCACCAUAUAGAUAUCAAAGACCACUGAAUGCUUUCUACUCCACUCCUUCAACCAGUUCAUAUUCUUUACCUGGAAAUGUCAGUGCUGUUACUUGUUCACAGCCUCGCAAAAGAGGCUCAGAUACAGAGGGUCAAUUUCCAUCCUCACCAAGUGACAUUUGCCACUCUGCUGACUUACGCAGAGCAGCACUCAUGCGGUCUGUACAUAUGAAAACACAGCCAGCUGGUUCAUCAUCUUUAGAAUUGCAAUUUGGUUUAGGCCAAGAGAAUUCGCUCAGUAUUGAAGCUGAGGAACGGCCAUGCUCAUUUGUGAAGUCCUUAAUCGGUGACAGUGAAUAUCAGACUGAAGAGUGUUCCUCAACGAGUAUCUCAGAGCCUGAAUUUAGUCGAGAGAAAUCUUGUGGUGUGUCAAAUAUGGAUUUGAAAGGGGAUGAAUCCAGGGCUUAGAUGGUUUUGGGAAAUGACUGAUAAAACCUGCCUUCAACAUCAUUUUGAACUUACCUUCUCCGUAGAAUUGACCCAUUGUUGGAGCAGGUAAUUGAUUUUGCAAAAGUGAAGCGCGGAGCAAUACUUUUCUGGAUCCUUGAAGAAAUUGAAUAUUCUUGACUUCUUCGUCUUUUUUUGCACUGUUCCUGAUAUCGGAGCAACGUCCCCGUUGUAAAUUAGAAUUCUUGUUGUAAAAACCUCAGUUUCAACAUCUCCAAAAUUUAUUUCAUAAAUAUCAUUUGAUUCCCAGCCAA